CUCUCUCUCUCACUCUCACACACACACACUCCUGACACAUGUUCAUCACACAUAUUAAUAACGCAUGUUCUCCACAAUUUCCUGACGCGACACCUGAGCCGCGCGCGCCGAACCCCUACGCGAUCCCUCGAGAAGGAAGCGCGAGCGCGGGCGGGCGCGCGCUCUGGAACGCCGCCCCGCCGUUCACUAAGCGGCGCGCGCCGCGUCCGGCACCUGAACGGUUAAAGCGGCUCGGAAGGCGCCGUUUCUCAUCCUUCCUCACUCCUUAGCCCUCUUCGCUCACAGAUCACCGCUCAUCGCUCAUCCUUCGGCCGCAGCGCAGCGGGAACAUGGAGACGGAGGGAGCGGGCGGCCAGCAGCAGCCUCCUCCUCCCGGCCACACGCUGGCGACGGCCGCGCACGGUGCUCUUCAGGCGAAAUGUGAGUUCAACAUGGAUAACCUGAGCAAGCCAGAGCUGCUGACCCUGCUCAGUAUCAUGGAAGGGGAGCUGGAGGCGCGGGACCUGGUCAUCGAGGCCCUGAGGGCCCGCAGGAAAGAGGUGUUCAUCCAGGAGCGCUACGCCAGCUUCAACCUGACCGACCCUUUCCUGGCCCUGCAGCGUGACUACGAGGCCGGAACUGGGGAUAAGGAGCGCCAGGCCAUCUGUGCCAGCCCCCUGUCUGUCCUGGAGGCCGUCAUGGCACACUGUCGGAAAAUGCAGGAGAGGAUGUCCACGCAGCUGGCGGCUGCAGAAAGCCGGCAGAAAAAGCUGGAGCAGGAGAAGCUGCAGCUGCAGAGCCUGGAGCAGGAGCACAGGAAGCUGUCGGCGCAACUGAAGGAUGAGCGCGAGAAGAACAAGCACGUGGUCAUGAUGCUGGUGCGGGAGUGCAAGCAGCUGGCUGCCCGUGUGCUCGAGGAGAGCCAGCGCUUCGACGACCUCUCCGCACGGCUCGAGGAGGAGUCCAAGGCCUCCGCCCGGCUGCAGGAGGAGCUGUCGGCUGAGCGCCAAAAGGGCCAGCAGAUGGAGGCCAGGAUGGAGAAGCAGCUCUCAGAGCUGGACACGGAGCGCGAGCAGCUGCGCGUUAGGCUGGGCCGGGAGGAGGCGCGCUCCGCUGACCUGAGGGCCGAGAGCGAGGGCCUGCGCCGGCAGGUUGAGUCGCUCCAGUCGGACCGAGAUGCUGCCAGUUCCGCCCUUCCUGCUGCAGCUGCCAAACCUAAGGCCACCUCCUCUGUUGCUGUGGGCACAGACCCCGUGAGCUGUCGUCCAGCCUUCUGCCAAACGGACCCAACUCCCACGGAUCCGAGCAUAGACGGUGUGAAGAAAGCACCCCUCACCAUCCCCGUCAAGCCCUCUAUUGUCGGCUAUGCUGGAAUGAGCCUGCCAAAGUCCCAGAGUGCACAGCGGGGAGCUGGUGGUCUUCCACACACUGAGAACGGGCCCUCCGUGGGUGAUGGCCAGCCCAGUUUCAUCCCAGCCUCGUCAGUGCACAGUUUACACUCACCCAAUGCUGCCACUGCCCUGCCAGCUGGGGUCAGCCCCCGAGUCCAGGCUGCCCGCUACAAGUUCCAGCCCUCCUCUUCGGAGCAAGACCAAAACGGCAAUGCCACUCCAAGCCCCCCGUCCAGGGAUGUGUCCCCCACAAGUCGGGACAGCUUUGCUGCCAAGCAGCAGGCGCGGCACACGGUUACCCAGGUCCUGUCCCGCUUCACAAGUCCACCAGCCUCCGGGGCCUUGCGGCCCGGCCUCCCCCAUUCCUCAUCCGAGGGGGGGCCCUUUGCCGGCCGGCUUGGCCACCCCCAGAUUGGCCUCAAGUCUCCCACAGUGGGCAGGAUAGACCGGGGGAACCCGCCACCGAUACCGCCCAAAAAACCAGGCCUUUCGCAGACCCCAUCCCCCCCACACCCCCCUGUCAAAGUCAUGACCGAGGGCAGCAGAUCCCCCGCUGCCGGGCUGGGGGUGCCAUCCAAAGCCACCACACCCCAGCUCCCGCCCAAGCCUGCCCUUGACCUGGGGGGCACAGGGGGCGGCUGCUCUGUCCCAGCCUUGACCACGUCUCAGGUGGGUGCCUGCCCCCCCCAGUCGCGGGGGCCGCACCAGGCCGCAUGCACAGAGCGUCCCCCUGCCACCGCCGUUGCUGUCCGUAGCCCGUCCAUAAACCCUGUUAGUGCUUCAUCCUGUAGACCCACUGACAGCCCCCUGGCAACAGCCUCAGGCUGGCGUCCCUCCAUAGUUCCCCCGCUAACCCGUGGUGAUCCCGUCCCCCUGGCUGACGGGCACACCCUCCUCUUCCAAGCUGCUACCCAGGGAAAUGUCACUUUACUGUCAAUGCUGCUUAACCAAGACCCAACGGUUCUUAGCCCCCUUGUCAACGAUGGAAACGCUGCCUUGUAUUCUGCUGCUCGACACGGACACACAGAUUGUGUGAAGCUGCUACUGGCCUCGGGGGUUCCUUGUGAUGCUCCUGACCAAAAUGGAUUCACCCCUUUGCACAUCGCCGCUACCCACGCCCACCUUGGAUGUGUAGAGGUGCUGGUGGCCAACGGUGCGGAUGUGAACCGCACUGCCACCGGAGGACACACUCCACUGUACCUGGCGUGUGGCAGUGGGAAGCCCGAGUGUGUGAGAGCCCUGCUGGAUGCAGGGGCUGACCGCACACUUAUCACUGCCGACAGCUGUACAACCCUGCAUGCAGCGGUCAGUUCUGGCCAAGUGGGCUGCUUGGAGCUCCUCCUGCAUCACCGGCAUCCAGGGGCCGCACCCUCUGUGGGAAAUCCAGGGCCUGGAGACAUCCCACGCUCCCCAGUCGAUAGGCCUGUUGCACUGGGCACUCUCCUCAACUACGCCAACCGAGACAGCUGGACUGCCGCCCACAUUGCAGCAUCCAAGGGCUUCAAGGACUGCCUGGAGGUGCUGUGUGGCCACAGCGAACACGACCUGGAAAAAAGGGACAAGUGCAACCGAACGGUCCACGAUGUGGCCACCGACGACUGCAAGGAGCUGCUGGAGAACCUUGGCUUCUAUCGCGUUCUGAUCCAGAUCCAUAGGGGUUCUGAGGUCUGCACCGUAGACAUGCUGGAGGACACGACUACCAUUGGCGCCAUCAUCGUUCACAGGCACACAAACUGGGGGGAGCUCUCCCAGAGUCUAAGCCAGGUCCUAACCACACACUUCCAGCUAUUGUGUGGGGGCUGGGACCUGAAGGGUGGGGCCACGCUCCUGGAGCCUGUGUUGGGCCUCGGUACCGGCAGCAUCUCCUCAGUGCUCAUAGGUGAUGCCACUUGGCCGCCGGGGAGGGAGCUCCCGCAGUCGCCGUGGGAGCUGAUCCGGAAACGUCACAGUCAGCACAUCACGGUAACGCUCAAAGGCCUUUCGGAGUCAUCCCUGAACGAGCUGACGUACGAUUCCCUGAUGCCGCUGCAGCUGCUGCGGAACUACAGUCGACUGGUGGAACAAUAUCAUAAUGUUAUCUUCCAUGGACUAGAAGGAAGUUGCCAGGAGUAUAUAGCCAACCAGAUAUCCCACUGCAUAAAGCACAAACAAGAGGUGAUGGGAGUCGGCUGUGACAUUGUUCGCAUACAAGUGGACGAGAACAUGUCCAAGGAUCAGCUCCUGGAAACAUUCAUCAACUGUGGAUUUUUGGUGUCAGUGAAGGAUGCGGCCCCCUGCCGCAGGGUGGUGGCCCUGCUGGAGGGCCUCGAGAGGGCUACCUCCCUGUGGGAGCUCCUGGGAGACCUUUGUGAGGGCCUGGAGAACCGGGCCACAGCCUACCCCUUUUUCCUGCUCCACGCUCCAGAAGCCAGUGGCCUCUACUACUUCCAGGAGGGCAGCUUCCUGCUCGGGACACUUGCCAAGUCCCAGCUCCAUGGGACCGAGCUCCUGCUCCAGCAGCAUUUCCGUUGGGUGCAGUUGCGCUGGGACUCAGAGCCGCUCAGAGGCCUGCUUAGCCGUCACUUGCGCAGGAAGCUCGUCCACAAGAUGAGAGGUCAACUCCCUGACGCUUCAGACCUUCUAUGCAGAGCUGUGGCCUGGGUCUGCUCCGUGUGGCAUCAGAUCAAUGGCUGCCUGUCUUGCCUGGGCACCACAGAAGCCCUGAUGGGACCACAGAUGUUUUUUUCCUGUCCAGUGGUUCCAGAGCAGCCGCAAGCCAUUCUCAGAUGGCUGGCCAGGCUGUGGAAUGCAGUGGUAGUCCCCCGGGUGGAGGAGGCAAUCAUCUCCAGGCUCAUGAUGAAGCGCUCUACAGUCCAGCGGCAGGCAGCCAGCAACAGGAACCUGAGCCCAGGGCAGCAGGCGGUGGUCAAGGCUGCUCUCAGCAUCCUGGUCAAUAAGGCUAUCCUCCAGGGCUGCCCCCUCCCUAAGGAAGAAAUAGACAAACACCUGUUGGCGUUCCAAGGCACCAGCUUUCCACUCUCAGUGCUCAGCACCUGCCGGAGCUUUGGGAGGAAGGGAUGGAGCGGCAGCUCUUGGAGGAAGGCCAACACCAGCCCACGCAACAAGGGAGCCCAGUUCUCCUCCUGGGGCUCCAGUGGGACCCUGAAGGAGGGGUCACUGUCCAACCCUGAUGGCUGCUUCACCAGGGUAAACCACAGCUCUCCAAAUGAGCGCUGUGGGAAGGGCGAGCAGUCCACCUUCGCCCUCUGCUCCCAUGGUGAGACAGACCUGGUGCAGGAGCUGCAGACCAUGUGCUCCAGCAAGUCUGAGCCGGACAUCAGCAAGAUCACUCUCUCCAAGGAGGAGUUUGUUCUCUUUCCCGGCUCUCCCAGCAGACAGGCACCCUUGAGAGCCAAUGAUGAAGCCAAUGCCCAGAAUGGCAGAUGCCAGUCCAACAGCCUCUCAGCUGGGCCAGCGAGCAGCGACAAGCUAGCAGUCAGACCUAGAUCCCAACUCCCCAUACCAAGCGCCGACCCAUCCCGAAUCCGUGGCCCCCCGCGGGGCAGCAGCAGCAGCAGCAGCAGCAGCAGAACAAGGCAGGAACCAGCCAACAGCAACGACCUGUCAUGCAAGGACAUCUGGGUCCUCCACGCGGACUCACAUGACAGCAACGACAACAAUAACAGCGACAACAAUAACAACAAGUAGAGUCCCUCCCAUCUUCCCCACCCCCUCGGUUUUUAUGUGCUGUACAGUAGGGUUAUGGCAGCCUUUGUAUUUGUACUCGUUAGACUGUACUUGUUACGACGUUGUGUACUUGGGACCAUAGUUUUAUUAUAUUGCAAACUGCUGACUUCUGGGAGGUAAAGAUGUGCAACAAAGAAGUGCUUAACCAGCUUUUGACAUUAAGACAGAAACAUUCUGGAUCAGAACAAAAAACUACUUUUUUUGGUAUAUGAGUAUUUUAAAAUAUAAAAGUGUUCUAUGUUUAAAUGGUUGCAAGGUUGUUGAAACUAAUCAGGGUUUUACCAAAUAUUUGUAAAUACAAAAUAGAAGCUUAAAUGGUAUAUAGAUUAGUGUAAGUGGUACUUGUACAGUAAAGAACUGAAAAAUUUGAUAAUAUUGUACAUACGGUAUAAUUGUAAUAUGAGAAAUGGGUUCAUACAUUCACUUGUUCCAAAGUGAAUGGAAUGUGGCAAUAAGUAAAAUAAUUGCAAAUACAGGACAUUUUUCUUUUAAAAGCCAUAAAAACAGUUCAACUGCCAUUCACAGUCCCAUUCAGAGUUAAAGCAGCACAUUUUUUCUUAGUUCAUUUUGAACACUUAGCUGAAAGUAGUGGUGCAUCUUAAUUUUUUAAUUCAAAUUAUUUUCAGAAAAUACAUUACUGAUCUACAUUGUGUUGAAAACUUAGAGUUGUUCACUGAAGUGCUCAGAAAUGUCCUGCUUUGCGCAAGCACAACCGUUAAAGCUGCACUGUCACUCCACCGUCCUCUUAUUCUCACGUGAUAAAGGAAUCCAUGUUGUUUUGCCACAGUUUUCUCUAGAAAUAAAGAGUUAAAACAAAUGUUUCCGGAAUAAUAAAGUCAGAAACCAUCCAGUAAGUGCCAGAGCGAGAAGCUGUUUUUGAUUUAUGCUGCACUUUUGAAAUUAAGUGUUUCAAUGCGGUUUACUGUCACAAAGCAGGUUUGUACAUUUUCGUUUUGCAGCAGGGCAACAACUGAUCCAUUUUCCUCCCAGGACUACUUGAUCAUGCGGUAUACAGUGCUGCUUGAAAGUACAUGAACCCUACUGGGAUGGAAAUUAUUCUUGUAUACAAUAUUAAAAUAAGCUUAUAGAAUGAAUAAAUGACGAUGAUUUACA